AUGGUCAAGCCUACACCCCCAAACGAGAGGAUAUCUCCAGAAGGACUGUACAAUGUCUUGUGCGAGGCGGCAUCCCAGGACCCGGCCAAGAUGCAGGCGGCGUCCGCUCUACUGAAAGACAUGCUGGAGCUCCCGGGUUGUUGGAAUGUGUUGCAGGAGAUAGCUGCACAAAAAACCGUGCCUUUACCUGUACGCCAGCUCAGCGCCCUACAGUUUAAGAAUCGUGCAUUGGACCAUUGGCGGAGUCGGAGACAGCUCACCGAUGAGGAGAGAACAUGGAUCAAAGCGCGCUGCAUGACCCUGCUUCAGGAAGAGGAUGAUGUAAUCAGUAGCUGUAACGAGCUCUCGAUUGCGAACAUUGCUCAUAAAGAGUAUCCCCACAACUGGCCUAACCUCAUUCCUGAUCUCAUCACGCUCAUCACUACCAACCUCGACAAGCGACUGGCCAACCCUACCGUUCCCGAUACACAAGCUAGUCUUGUCCUCUAUCGCUCUCUGAGAGCCCUCAAUGCUGUUCUUAAAAGAUUUCACAAUAUUAAGUUCUUAACCGGGAUCGCUAUCAUGAAACAGCUUCAUCUAAUCUUAUCCAACUACUACGUCAAAUGCGCUUCGAUGCUUUCUUCAGCCCUCGAUGUGGCUCGUUUAGGUGAUCAAAGCGUGACCGAGAUCGUUAUGUCCACCCAUCUGCUCCUCAAAGCUGUGGCGAGGAUAGCGGUUUGGGUGUGGCCCAGGCUAAACACCUCCAAAGAUCCCCUGGACGCAUUCAAGGACUGGUUCAUGCAACUCUUCCAGACCUUGGCCGGUCACGUUCGUGCACAUUUCGAGCUACGAACGACUAUUAUGCAGACGUUACGAUCUUCCUCCACAACCCCUAACCCCGCCACUGGCCGCAAUCUUGGGCUGUAUACGCGACACAUCCUCACACUGGGUAAAGUAUUCCGACGACUAGAGCAACUUGACGCAACUAGGUUUAUCGCAUUGCCCACCUGCGAUGAUCUUGUGGCGUGGUACUGGAACCAGGUCGUUCAAGCCAACGCUGCUUCGGAGCUUAUCGCUGAUUCCCCUACUGCCGUCUUCCCUGUCCGUUUCCUGGUACAGGGCAUGGUGCUCUUCAAAGAUAGCCUUGCACAAUGGUCUCCCACGCGCAAGGCCGGGACUAAUGCUGCCACAAUGCCGGAGGACUUUGUCCAGCGAGCAGUGACGCUCCUGGUCACUAACUUCAUGCCUCUAAAACCUGCUGAUCUCGAGGGUUGGAUGGCUGAUCCUGAAGAGUGGGUGAACAGUGAAGAAAAGGAAGACGAGCAAUGGACCUUCGAGAUCAGACCGUGUGCGGAAAGGGUCCUCAUGACCCUCGCCAACCAGUACCGCGACUUUGUCACUCCUAUGCUCGCCGAAGCUUUCCGUGGCAUUAUAGCUCAACCUACUGUUGGAAUGGAUGCCGUCAUCCAGAAGGAAGCAGUAUAUUGCGCCGUUGGCAGAUGCGCGCAUCGUCUGAAGGAUUCAAUCGACUUUGUACAGUGGUUGGAUGUUGCAAUGAACGAAGUGCGCAACCCGGACCCUGAUUAUCUCAUCAUCAAACGCCGGGUAGCGUGGCUGAUAGGGAAAUGGAUCGGCGAUAACUGCGCACCACUAAACGACCAACGCAUCUGGCAGAUACUCACGUACCUUCUCACGGACAAAGGAGAAGGCACUGAGGUUAUCCGUCUCACCACCGCCGGAGCCAUCAAGGAUAGUCUCAAUAGCAACACAUUCGACCCAACCGCUUUUGCUCCGUUCUUGGGCUCAGUCCUUUCCGAACUGUUAAAGCUGCUUGCGGACACCGAGAUAGUCGAGAGCAAGCUGCGUGUGGCGAGCGCCUUAGAGACUGUACUUGAAAGCGCAGGUCUUCAGGUCACUCCCUUCAUCGCCGACAUUGCAUCCGCAUUCCCACCACUUUGGACAGCCACGGGAGAUAAUUUUAUGGUCAAGAAUGCCUUGCUGAGAAUCGUCGCCCAGCUCAUCUCCGCUGUAAAGGAGAACUCGGCCCCGCUAUCAUCCAUAGUGGUCCCAUUGAUCCAAGAGAGCUUUACGCCUAACAACUUGGCGCACUUGGAUGAAGAUGUCUUUAAGCUAUGGACCACCGCCUUAAGAAACACGAACACAGUCGGUACAGUUGGCAGCGGUGGACUGAUCGAUCUCUUCCCACUCUUGGUGUCUCGCAUACCCCUUAGCGUGGACAUUAUGGGAAGGAUCACGGAUCUCCUCGAGAGCUACUACCUUCUCGAUGGUCAGACGCAUUACGCCACCAACCUCUUCAAUGCAUAUGUUGUCACGUUCCCCAAUGUGUACUCUAUCAACACAAAAGGGCUUUUGGAAUCGCUCGAAAUGCUGUUUCAACUCGUGCCGCCAUCCAGCUAUGCCGAAGCUCUGCACACAUCCGGUCUCUUUGCUCAUAUUUUGAAAGAGAUUAUGGAGGACAAAGCCGAUACUACGAUUCUUACUCACGACAUCUACGUCAUGUCGCGCAUAGCAGUGCCCGAGCCUCAGACAUUCCUUCAACUCAUGGCUGCAACUUCUGCGAAAAUGAACGUGCCCGAGACGCAAUUAUGGGAGGACUUGCUGGACCAAUGGUGGCGUAGAUUCGACAAUAUGUCAGAACCCCGUCGUCGCAAGCUCACGGCCAUGGGUAUCGCUGCACUGGUCUCGACCGGACGUCAGGAAGUUAUGCAGCGGCUACCAUCCGAAAUCUUCAACAUUUGGCUUGAUGUCUUCGGUGAGCUCAAGGAGGCUAUCCAACAGAAACAGGAGGAAGCGUUGUCGGGCGAAAGCACCUUCCUGACCUUGUACUGGGACGAGCCACCGAGCAAUUUCUAUAAUGACACCGAGGACAUGCCAGAGUAUGGCCGCCGCAAAUCCUCGUGGGACAACGACCCUAUCCGCACAGCGCCGCUCGCCGCUUUUAUCGGGGCCCGUCUACAAGAGGCGACCGUCGCUUGCGGUGGUCCUCAACAGCUGCAAGUCCGUUAUCUUGGCGAGGCCGAUCCUACCGUUCUCAAGCAGUUACAGGACGAGAUCGCUGGCAAGUGA